CCAAUUUUCUGCAAUUCUUACUUACUUGACUCCUCUACUUGCUGCACUUCUACAAUUUUGACACACAACAAACACAAUGGCGUCCGCGAUCAAGGCUCAGUGCAGAAAGGUCAUCUGCAUUGGCAGAAACUAUGCCGAUCACAUUACCGAGCUCAACAACACCAAGCCCAAGCAGCCCUUCUUCUUCCUCAAGCCCUCUUCCUCCAUUCUCCUCCCCGGCCAGGGUCCCGUCCUGCGCCCGCAGGGUACCAAGCUGCACUAUGAAGUCGAACUCGCCCUCGUGAUGGGCAAGACGGUGCGGGACCUCGACCCGGAGGACAGCAAGGGCGCAUUGGAUGCGAUCCACAGCUACCUCCUCGGCAUCGACAUGACCGCCCGCAACGUCCAAGAAGAGGCCAAGAAGAAGGGACUCCCCUGGACGAUCGCUAAGGGCUUCGACACUUUCCUGCCCAUUUCCCAGGAGAUCACCAAGGCCCGUCUGCCCGAUCCGCACAACGCCUUCCUGCGCCUGAGCGUGGGCGCCGAGGAGCGCCAGGCUGACUCGACCGGCCUGAUGCUCUACCGCAUCCCGCGCCUCCUGGCCGAGAUCUCGCGCGUCAUGACCCUCGAGAAGGGCGACCUGGUCUUGACCGGGACGCCCAAGGGCGUCGGCGAGGUCAAGUCCGGGGAUGUGAUGACGGCGUCCAUCGAGGUGGACGGCAAGGAGCUCGAGGAGGGGCGGAUCCAGGUUGAGGUGCAGGACCGCGAGGGCCGCUACCGGUACGCCGAGACCUAGACCGAAUGAGACUGGUAUAGUGGGUUUUGGAGAACAUUCAGUAUAUAUACACUUACACAUACAAAUACAUACCCCC